AGAGUCCUUGGGUUGCUUCAUUUCAGGCUGUCAUCAUGUUGAAACAUCAUUUUAACUCUGAAGUAGCGUAGAUGGAAAGACAAAAUGACGCAGCCACUGUACUAGAUUCAGGAGUUGGAACUGUCUUCUUGGAAAGGUGUUAUGAUGGAUGCUUGUUCAACUAAGUCAUAUGAUUUGAGUACUGCUGAGAAGAUUGAGAUCGAGACCAUCAAGAAGCAUAAAAAAGAGCUACUGGAGGACAUCCAGCGGCUAAAGGAUGAAAUUGCUGGUGUAUUCGAAGAGAUUGAUCGUUUCCAGCAAUCACAAACAAGCAAAAUGAUCCAGAGGGACAAAGAUCUAUGCAUUGGAAGGAAGAAAUUUAACAUGGAUCCUACUAAGGGCAUCCAAUAUCUGACUGAACACAAGGUGUUGUCUUCAAAUAUUGAAGAAAUUGCCAAAUUCCUUUACAAAGGAGAAGGACUCAAUAAGACAGCCAUUGGAGAUUAUCUGGGACAGAGGGAUCCAGUGAAUCUACAAGUUCUGCAGGCCUUUGUGGAAUGUCAUCAAUUUGCCAAUCUUAAUCUUGUGCAAGCACUAAGACAGUUCCUUUGGAGUUUCCGGUUGCCUGGAGAAGCACAGAAGAUUGACCGUAUGAUGGAGGCCUUUGCCAGCUGGUAUUGCCAAUGCAACCCUGGAGUUUUCCAGUCAACAGACACCUGCUAUAUCCUUUCUUUCUCCAUUAUAAUGUUGAAUACCAGUCUACAUAAUCCCAACGUCAAAGAGAAGCCCCCCUUUGAGAGGUUUAUGUCUAUGAACAGAGGCAUCAACAAUGGAGAGGACCUUCAUGAAGAUCUCCUGAAGAGUCUAUUCGAUAGCAUCAAGAACGAACCAUUCUCCAUCCCAGAAGAUGAUGGAAACGAUCUCACCCACACCUUCUUCAACCCAAGUCGAGAAGGUUGGCUUCUAAAACUAGGAGGCAGAGUGAAGACCUGGAAACGGCGUUGGUUUAUUCUCACAGAUAACUGCCUCUACUACUUCGAAUAUACCACGGACAAAGAGCCUCUGGGGAUUAUUCCGCUGGAAAAUCUAUCUAUUCGGAAAGUAGAUGACCCAAAGAAACCAAAUUGUUUUGAGCUCUUCAAUGCAAACUGCAAAGGACAGAAGAUCAAAGCCUGCAAGACUGAUGGGGAUGGGAAGGUAGUGGAAGGCAAGCACCAAUCCUACAAGAUUUCCGCAGCUUUGCCAGAGGAACGUGAUCAAUGGAUUGAAGCAAUACGAACCAGCAUCACUCAAGAUCCCUUUUAUGACCUGGUUGCUGCACGUAAGAAAAAGAUUGCCAGCAAAAAGUGAGCUGUCUUUUUCAUCACUGCAAGAACAUGGACAUAGUGGAUGCCUACCACUAAAAAGAAUUCAUAAUCCAGAUCUUCUUCCUGUCUGAGCAGCAGGAAACAACAGCCACCUAUUUUCUGUCUAUUCAAUGACUGGCAGCAUAAUAAAAUGCCUUUUCUUUCCUCUCCCAAAGCCUAAAGAAACAGAUAACACUGCAGGAGUUAUGACUCAAUUUCCCUUGCUAGUAACAGGCAACAUUUGCCUGCCAUGGAGCACGUUUGGGAUGUUUUAAAUAUAUCAAUUAAUGACCUGGGUUAAAAAAAAAACCCAGGAAGAAAGGCAUCUUCCCUGGAAAUGGCCAGAGCAGAUGCUUAGUUUUGUGUAUAUUUGAAGCAGAAAGACUUUCAUACAUGAAUUCCUGCCUAAUAUGUUGUCUCGGGAUAUCUGAAAUAACUAUGCAGUUUGAGUUAUGUAGUAUGCAAUUAAUUAAUUCAUUUGGAAGAACAGAAUGAAGAACAAUGUUACCGAGUGGAAAUGGAAUAAUAUAAUGCAUGGGGGCCUUGCCAGUGUGUGUGUGUGUGUGUGUGUGUGAGGGUAGUUGGCUUUGUGAGCUUGACACAUAGCCCCUUUGCGCUUCUGAACUUCUGCCAAGACUACCAUAAAACUGGCUUCUCAGGUCAGAAGCCGUAAGCCAAGAGUUGGCUCUGGAAGAACCAUCCAAGAAGUGAUACGUUCCUAUGUUUUUUUAGCUGCCUGCCAGUGAUUGAGGAGAAUGAAGAUAUUCAUAAGAAUAGGUUGUCUACUUCAUUCUUACUUAGAAAGAGUUGCUGGUUCACCAGGCGGAGAGCCAGGUUUGGAAAGAUUAGUGCCUAGGUAAUGUUUUUUGGCUGGUGUUAUGCAGUCUGAGCUCCAUAGAGUGGCAUGAAUUCAUGUUUUAUUUUGGGCAGAACUGUGUUGUCAUACACAUUACUCCCUCUCCAUCUCAAAUUUCUUAUAUGUAAUUUUUUUUCAUGUCAGGAGCAACUUGAGAAAUUGCAAGUUGCUUCUGGAGUGAGAGAAUUGGCAGUCUGCAAGGACAUUGCCCAGGGGACAUCUGUAUGUUUGGAUGCUUUACCAUCCUUGUGGGAGGCUUCUCUCAUGUCCCCACAUGGGGAGCUGGAGCUGACAGAGGGAGCUCAUCCGCACUCUCCCCGGAUUCAAACCUGCGACCUGUCAGUCUUCAGUUCUGCCGGCACAAGGGUUUAACCCACUGUGCCAUCGGGGGUUCCAAGUGUAAAAAUGAAUAU